AUGGACUCGACGCGAAAGCCGGCAGCCGAACCUGCGCUCCCCGCUCCAGCAUCAACAUCAACAUCAACAUCAACAACAGCUUCGGCCUCGACAACCUCCGUCUCCUCCCUGGGCUCGCCCCUCAAACGCCCGGCUCCCUCUCUGUUGCCGCCAUUCGAGCCGUCGUCUUCGCCCGGACUGCCUCGGCCCUCCAAACGCCAAAAUGUCGGCGGCACAGGCGCCCAUCUGCGGUAUCCCACGCCGGUGCCAACUUCUAGCACCGGCAUCUUGUCUAGCUCGCCUCUCCGGGAGAAAUUGAGCGUUGGGCUCGUCGAACGCACGCCUCUCUCGGCCGUGCCAUCAAUUGAGCUCAGCGAGAAUGGCGAAAUGGUGUUGAUGGGUCGUUCGUCUAAUUCCUCUCACUUCCAGCUCUCGGCCAACCGUCUGAUAUCGCGUGUGCACGUCAAGGCACGGUAUGUGCAGGGCGCCACUCCUCUCGAGGCCAACAAGAUUGAGAUUACUUGCAAUGGCUGGAAUGGUCUGAAGCUGCACUGCCAGGGCCGCUCGUGGGAGCUGCUUAAAGGCGACAGCUUCACUAGCGAGACCGAGGGCACCGAAAUCAUGGUGGAUGUCCACGACGCCCGUGUUUUGAUCCAAUGGCCUAAGCGGAGCUCCUCGGGUGCCGACUCCAACGGCCUCUUGUCCGAUGCCAGCUGGGAAGAUUCGCCGCCGCGGUCUGCGACGAGAAACGCGAACCUGAUGCUGCAGGUGUCCCCUCUGCGGAGAGCCACGCGUAUCCAGUCUCCCGAUAGUCCCACCCCGGCCCCUCGCCGACGCUCUGUGGUAGCAGCAGACGAAGACAGCGGCAUCCAGAUCUAUGAGGACGACGACGAGGACUAUCAGCCGGAUUCGGAUGAGCGAGACGAGGACCCGGAUGUCACCAUUAGCAUGCGGACAGAGGCCACGGCGAGCUUCACGAGCGAGGCGGAUUCCGACGAGGAAGACGAAAGUAACCCGGAUGAGGAGAACGACCCCAUUAUUCACUCGUUUGGUCCCUAUGGCGCCAACAUCUCGGGCCGCCUCGCGUCCAUCACGACGAAAUCCCCUCGCGUGCAGACUGCCAAGCGACCCUUGAAGAAGGGCUCUGCAGAGACGAUUGUGCCAGGCAAGUUGAGCCACGAUUCCGAUGAUGUCGAGGCCAGCCCACGAAAGUCGAAAUCCAAGAAGGCGUCUCGUGAUGAGCGAAGCCCCUCCGAGGAGAGACUGCCCCAGCCAAAGGUCGAGAUCAAGGACGAGGUCAAGGUUGAGGUCAAGGACGAGGAGGAGGAAGUUGACGAAGAGGAGGAGCCGACCAGGAUUCCCACCGAGGCUGAUGCGGCCAUCUCCAACCACGUCGUCAACCAGCUCGCCUACUCCCGGCUGUCUUCAACGCCGCUUUCCACCAUCAUGCACAACCUGCCCGCCGAGCAGAUCAAGGGCAUUUCCCGGGACGACCUGAGGCUCCUCAUCGAGACCACCCCCUGCAUCGGCAUCAUCAAGCGCCAAGGCAAGGACGCAGCUGGCAAGGCCCUGGAAAGCGAGUAUUAUUACAUCCCCGAGGACGACACUGAUAUGCAGCGGAGGGCGGCGGUGGUGGAUGGACUUCGGAAGCCCAGCUUGCGGGCGUGUCGAAAGCAGCACAAGCAAUACUACUGGAAGCGUCCCAAGACGCCUUAA